AUGGUUGUUAACAAUAUUACAUUCCUUGAAGAUCUUGACAUACAGAAGGAUGAUUUCACUGUCAAGGUCCGAAUUGUUAGACUGUGGAAGCAACCGGUGUUUAAAAACUCGGAUGAAAUAUAUUCCAUUGAAAUGAUAUUAAUGGAUGAACAGGGCACUAAAAUACAAGCUAAUUUCCUAAAAAAAUGGGUUCCUAAGUUCAGAAACUUACUUCAGGAAGGAGCUGCAGUUUUUAUUAAGAAUCCUAUAAUUGCUCGACAUGCAACGAAGUACAAGUUAAUUGAUAAUACAAACAAGUUAAAUGUAAAUGGUGAAAUUAUUGCGUGUGAGACAAUGGUGACUCUUUCAGAUAACAAUGGAAAAGCCAAAAGACGGAUGCAGGUGGAGAUGCAGGAUUUGGAGGGGAUUAAAAUGCAAGUGACAUUGUGGGAUGCGUUCGCUCAGGAAUUGAAUGAUUAUGGUUCUACUAACAAGGACAAGGGGAUUGUUAUUCUUGUUAUUCAGUUUGCAAUGGUCAAAAUUUACAGAGAAAGACCAUUUCUUUCUAACUCAUUCAAUGUUACGAGGUUGUUAAUCAAUUCAGACAUUGAUGAAAUCAAUGAUUUUAAGAAAAGUUUGAUUCGGGAAAGUGGCAAAUCUAAAUCGUCACAACAGAUUUCAUUGCUCUCUGGAUUGUCUUAUUCAUAUCGUGAAUUUUUUUUAGACAGAACCAGUAGAGCAAACAUUGUUGAAAUCAGUGAGACUGUUGAGGCGAAAUCACUAAUUGUAUUAGGAACGGUGAAAGCAUUUAGGAAGGAUGUCCCUUGGUUUUACAUGGGUUGCACGAGGUGUAAUCGCAAGGUUCGAACCAUGUACACUAUAACUGACAAGGAUGAUGGAUCUGGUAUGAAAGAAGAGAGUGAAAGUUUUGAUUGUACGACUGACAGAUGCAGAGGUAAAAAGACAGAGGAUGAUACUGGAAUUGUAUCAUUGACAUUAUUUGAUCGAGAAGCUAAUAAAGUUUUGAAUCAAACAGCAACAGAGUUCUAUAAAAAAGUUAAAGAGCUUGCUGAAUUAGAGUCAGUAAAUCUGCUUUCAACAGAUUUCAGUUCUCAAGAUAAGUUAAAGGAUGUUGUUUCAUUUACUGGUGAGAAUGCAACAAUAAGAGCACUGCAGACAGUCCGAAAUCAGAAGAGAAGUUGUCUGACAGAAGGCUUAGGAAAGGAGUUGAUAGGAAGCGGCUUUUUGAAAGUUGGUCUGAUGCCGAUCAGGAAGGAAAAGGAUCGGCUAUAA